GUGAACAGUGUCAGGUUUCUGUUUGCUUGCACAAAAAGAUCGUACCUGGCAUGGAAAUUAUGAAUAAAGUUGUAUGUGAUUGACACGAAUAAACUGAAAAUACUUUAAAAUCUAAGGAGAAAGCGAGAGAUAUUGAUAAACUGGUAUCUCUUAUUUUUCUGCACGUAUUCAGGUUAAGUACGACCAUUAAAUUGAUUAAUGAUCAGUGCAUUGGGAUAUAGAAGCAUCAUUUACUAAAACGCUAUAGGGGAUCUUAAUGCCGCUAUCUGAAGCACAAUGAGUGCCGAGUGGCUGCGAAACAUGGGCGGGGGUUCGCUGACGGACGAGGAGAUGCAGAAAGUCCCCUACCCAACGGUGGAGCUAACAACGCAUGUGAUCAUCAAGUCCAUGCAGUUUUACGGCAUUAUUGGCACGUGGAUUGUCGGGCCCCUUGCAGCAGUACGGAAGAAGGAAACGCGUAAUGCUGCUUGCCUCAGAAUGAAAAUGGCGAAAUGUGGACGGGUUGGCGUGCUUCUGGGUGUACCUGGAGGGAUUUUAGCAACGUAUCUUACAAUCAGGAAAGAUGAGGAGUAUAAAGUAUGGGACCGCUGUUACCGGCUUCGACACAAUCGCGGACAGGUGCGUGUGGACCAGGCUUGCACAGUGACCAGCUUGGGUGGCGCCGCCAUAGGGGCGGCCACCGGAGGAGGGGUCUGGUUCGGCGGCCUGAUGGGGAUGACGGCCGGCUUGUUAGGUGCCGCCAUAUACAAUGGUAAACUGGCGGCCAAGCAGAAGGCUGAAGCCGAAGAAGCGAAAAAGAAUAGUUAAUGAAGCUAUUCCCAUGUUAGUGUCUACGGGGUAAAAGAGUCUGGUGGGACGACAACAACAAUACCAGUUGGCACAGGUUAAACAGCUACGAGCAUAACAUGUGAUGUUUAAGGAAAAGUAAACACCAACAGCAGAAUUUAAAAAAAUCUUGUGAAACAAGUUAUUGCAACAUGUUAAUCGCUCUCCGAAGUUGUCACGAUUUUUACACGAAAGUUUGGUCUUUUGUUGAGAUAAAACAUAUUAAAUGUUGUAUAAAAAAAUAUAAUUAGUGACUCUGAAUGUUCUCACAAUAUGAUGUUUUUAUGUGUGAGUAUGCAUAUCGCAAUAUGUAGUUUUAUUAAAUUUGGUAAGAAUGCCAGGAAAGCACAAGUCUUUGCAAUAAUGUCCAUAUCUAAAACGGCCAAUUGUUACAGAGAAAGCAAACUUUUUAAUAUUACUAGCCAUAAUAGCUAGCUAUAAUACUAGCCAUAGGCAUCGUUGUUGAUGUGCACAUCUAACGUACGCCAUAAUUGAUAAUAUAUAUUCAAAUAUAAACUUGCUGCACAUUCUACUAGAAAAAUACGCAUAUUUUAGUAACUGAUGAGCUUUGCCCCUUUUUCGCUGAAAAACAUCAGACGAGCGUUUGUGUUCUCUCCGCGGCGUUCUUGUUAUUUUUAUAUGUAACGAGAGGCUGCUACGAACAAGUCGUAAAAAAAACUAGUGGCGAGCAUUUAAAAUUAUAUAAACUUGCACCGUCGGACUCUCACGAUACAACAUUGCGUUCUGUUUUGUUGUGUACAUUGGGCGAAUUGGCGAGGAAAAUCUCGUUAUCAUGAAUUAUUAGAGGCAGUUUCAUAGGUACUGCAUGGACCAAAUGCGGAAAUAUGCACAUACACUUAUACUAAUGUGUUCUCGAAGAAAAAAAGUAUUCUGCAAGCGAAAUGGUCGGCCAGAUAGCUGCAAAUUUUAAAACAGUCGCUUAGACAACUUGCCUAUGAAGAGUAUUUAAUUGUAACAUGCAAUUUCAUUGAAAGAAGAGUUGUAUCACCUGCCUCAUGCAUAUUCAUUAAAGUGGUAUUUUGUCAGAUAAUUUUUCCACGGAAAGGUAAUGAUAAAAAUACCGUGGUUGCCGAUGAUGAUACAUGCUUUCUGCUCCUAGCAUCAUUUCCUUCUCCGUCGUCACACUAUGUGUCUAAUACCGGAUGAGUUAUAACCCUUCUUCCUUGCACCGCUGCCGA